AUUUCCAUCAACUUGAGAGGUGCAAAGACAAAAUCUAUCAAAAAUGGAAGUGAAAACCAUUUCCAAAGAAAAUAUAAAACCAUCUUCCCCAACACCCCGACACCUUAAAAUCUUCAAGCUUUCCCUUUUGGAUCAACUUAUUUCUUAUCCAUAUGCUCCAAUUGUUCUCUUCUAUCCCAUGAAUGACUCCACUGCUAACCAUCUUGACAUCCCAGAAAGAUUAGCUUUGCUAAAGAAAUCUUUGUCAGAAACUUUGACUCGAUUUUACCCAUUUGCGGGAAAGAUUAAAGAUGAUCUGUCCAUUGAGUGCAACGAUGAAGGUGCUUAUUAUGUUGAGACUCGAGUUAACUGCUGUCUUGAAGAGUUCCUCAGCCAACCUGAUCUCAUGUUGGUGCAUAAUUUCCUUCCUUGCGAUCUCAUUAAUUUGAAGGAAUCAACAGCAGGAACUUACGUGACUAGUAUUCAGAUAAAUGUCUUUGAUUGUGGUGGUAUCGCCGUAGGUAUAUGCAUUUCACACAAGAUCGUCGAUGGUGCCGCGCUGAGUACCUUCCUCAAAGCAUGGACUUCAACAGCUCGUGGCUGCGAGAAAAUAAUAUACCCCAACUUGGCUGCUAAUUCACAACUCUUUCCCGCAAAUGAUUUGUGGCUUAGAGAUACAUCAAUGGUGACCUGGGGUUCCUUGUUCAUAAAAGGAAAUUGUAUUACAAGGAGAUUUGUUUUCGAUGCCUCAGCAAUAACCACUCUCAAGAACCAGGCCACGAGCUUAAGUGUGAAAUGUCCCACUCCCACACGCGUUGAGGCGGUUUCAGCUUUCAUAUGGAAGUCCACCAUGGCUGCGUCAAAAGAGAAAAAAGGCUCACCAAGGCCGUCUUUAUUGACCCACUUAGUGAAUCUUCGCAAAAGAAUGGUGCCUCCCGUAUCAGAUCAUUCUACAGGAAACCUCCUUUGGAUGGCAGCUGCUGAAUGCAUCACGAACACAGACAAGCUAGAAUUGCAUGACUUGGCAGGUAAAGUGAGAGGUGCAAUAUCAAAAUUUGAUGGUGACUUUGUUAAGAAGCUAACCAGUGAUGAAGGCAAUGUUGUGAUGUCUGAGUCACUGAAAGAGAUAGGGGAGUUUGGAUCCAAAGAUGAAGUAGAUUAUUUUGGAUUUACCAGUUGGUGUAAGUUUGGGUUUUAUGAAAACGAUUUUGGAUGGGGAAAGCCUGUGUGGGUGAGUAGUAUGGGUUUAAGCAGUCCAGUGUUUAUGAACCUCAUCAUUUUGGUUGAAACAAAGUCAGGUGAUGGCAUCGAAGCUUGGAUGACUUUGGAUGAGAAAGACAUGGAUUUACUCGUAAGCAACCCAGAAUUCCUGAAAUUUGCUUCAGUGGAUCCGAGUCCUUUGGUAAUUAGAUCACCCAGAGCUUCGUCUAUUUGAGGAUUGUUUUGCUUUGUAUGUUUUACAGUAGCUAUGAAAUUCCCAUGCCAA